GAGUGUUUUAUAUUAUUACUAAAACCAGAUCUGCAGUACACACCCACCGCCUGCUGCAUCACUUCUCUCAGAAAAAGCUCUGAAAAUCCCUAAUCCCCGAUUUCCAAAUUAGGGUUUGUGUUCAGCGGUCCGCCCGGAACGAAUCAAGAUUGGUGCUGCCCCCGUGCGCCAUGUAAUGUAGAUUCGCAAUCGGAGGGUAAAUAUGGGUCGGGUCGUCUGGUUCGAAGCGAAGCCGGCGAGAAUUUGGAAGAGGGUGUUGCUAGUAAUCAAAAAAUCGAUAGUACUCCUCGUGGGUGGGAAUCACACCUCCUCCAGGUUUUGCAGUCGCUAAUCUACUCUUUCCUUCUCCCUUUGGCUUUUUCCCUCUCUCGAAAUCUGUAAUUGAUUUUACAAAGUUCGCAACUUUUAUUUAUUUUUUAUUAAACAACUCGUAUUUGAUCGGAAACGAGAAAACCCAAUUGCUUGAACGCGAUAUGAUUCGGGCCCGAGUCAUCACGAAGAGAAUCAUGGAUUUGAAGGGCGUGAGAAUGCAGAUCCUUCAUGGGCCUUUGGCCCGGCGUGUGUUUUUCCGGGCAUUCUUUAUCGCCACGGCUAUGUCGAUCAUACCGUUGAUCCACAUUUUGUCCGGGACCUACAUGACAAUGUUCACUUUUGUGAACCCCGGCGACUGCGCCGCCGAAUUGGGCCACGUCGCCCCUAUCGAAGUGACCGCGGGGAAGUUUAAUUUCCAGAGUCCGUUCUUCGUGCCCUUCUGGAGAUCUAAUGGUUCGGAGCAGUGCAAGCGGGAUGUGAAUUUGACUGUCAGUGUGGUCAGAGAGCUCAUGGGUCAGAAGCUAUUGAAAUACGGUACAAGAGCUCUCUGUGUCGGAGAAGGGUCUGCCUCGGCCGGGCUGGCAUUGCAAGAUUUGGGAUUUCCCGAUGCUCGUGCUGUUUACAAACACCGGUUCUUCUCGCUCAAGCACAAACAGUUUGUGUAUGAAAUUGACUAUGAGGACAAGUCCUUUGAUUUUGUGCUUUCCAGGGAUCUCGAUAAGGUUUCUGUCCCUGCGCUUCUUGUGCUUGAGAUCGAGCGUGUUCUUAGCCCCGGUGGAAUUGGGGCUAUGCUUGUGGGUAGCAGUGUUUCCUCCCCGAAUAGCUUGAUUAGGUCUGCUACCCCAAUUUCUUCACUGCUGAAAAGUUCCAGUGUUGUGCACGUUAAUUACGUCAAUAACUUCACACUGGUUGUGUUCAAGAAAAAUUAUGACAAUGCCGGGGUCUUUGAGCAGUAUCACCUUCCGGCUGACUGCCCAUCCCUCACAAGCAAUCGACCUUUCAUUGGGAAAAUGGAGCGUCUGGUGAAGGAAAAACCAGUGGAGUAUGGAAAGAGGUUUGCAUACUUACCUAAUUUUGUUGAUGUUUCCUCAAAGAGGCGGUUGGUCUAUAUUGAUAUUGGGGCAGCAGCGCAUCUGAACGCAAAUGUUACAAAUUGGUUCCUGCCUUCUUAUCCCAUCGAACGCAAAGAUUUCAAUGUUUAUUUUGUUGACCAUAACACUUCUGUUCUGUUAUCCUACGUCAAAAAGCCCGGAAUCACCUUUGUUUAUCAUCCAGGGCUGGCCGGAAUCAAGCCGCAAGUCAAUGUUCCAAUUGAUGGGAUCACAGAUCCGUAUGUCGGAGAUGAAGGGUUUGAUUUCCUCGUUUGGUUCAAAGAAACUGUGGGGUUUGCCGAUUUCGUGGUGCUCAAGAUGAAUGCAGGCAAUGUAGAACUGAAGUUCCUCACGGAACUGUUUGAAAGUGGAGCCAUAUGCUUUGUGGACGAGCUGUUUCUUCACUGCUCAGGCCAAGUAGAUGCUGGAGGUGAAAUGCCGGUGGACUGCAUGGACAUCUUUGGAAGCCUCCGUAGCAGUGGUGUGUUUGUCCAUCAGUGGUGGGGGGACGGCAACCCCGGUGAUGUUCUCCUAUCUGUCGGUUGAUCACGAUAUGAUAUCGUGAUCAUCUGGUUUCUAUGAUGUUGCUUUUAUGGUUGGGCACUUAGGCUAAAUAAAACAACCAUAAUUAUCUUGCGUGGUGUGUUUAUGUUAUGUAGGAUGAUGAUAAACAUCCAAGUUGUUGCUUUAUGGCUGGUUGGACACCUGAGCUUUCCAGCUUAGUAACUUAUUAAUCUUAUGUUUGAUUUGUGUUUAUCUGUUUGCUUUCA